AGAGGAACUCCGGGGUGCGCGCCGCGGAUUAUUCGAUUGAGUCGCGAGACGCGGGCGCUGGCCUGUCGCGAUCGCGACGAAAAAAAAAGUACAGAUCGGACAAAUACAGAAGUGUCAGUCGUGCUCUGUUGCUCGAAGCGAUCGGACAAAUACAGAAGUGUCAGUCGUGCUCUGUUGCUCGAAACGAUUCCAAGAUGAGGGUGCUGUUAGUUUGCCUGGCAAGCUUACUGGUCUGCCUGAAGACGGCUGAUUCUCACUCAUUGCCGCAAAAGGAUUAUGACACUGACUCCAGCAACCAUGACAUUACCAAUCCACUGAAUGACACCAGCGGAAAUAAUAGCAGCUCGGUCCCCGACAACUCCAGCGGAAUCUUUGAUUCUAACACCACAACAUUCAUUGCGCGUACCAUAACUAGGCGUGGCAAUAAAGUGGACAAAAGUAUAUACGCCUACAAAAACGGCAAAGUGAAGAAAAUUUUAGAAGACGGCAAUGCCAUCUCAGAUUGGUCUCCGAAGUCGCGCACCUUUUUGGGUAAUAAGGACGGUAUCUACAUUUACGACACAGAAACAGAGAAGCUUGAGAAGUACGGCAAUCUGAGUGACAACGUCAUCGGGAUCACAAUAGAGAACCACAGUGACGACCUGUACAUUCUGACAGAAGACCACGUCGUCUACAAGGUCACGGAGGAAGGCACCAAGAAAGUCAAAAUCAACGAAGCUGAGCAUGCCGAGAAAAUAGCGCUGGACUGGGAUGACAACUUAUACUACAUCGGAGCGAACGAUCACCCGUAUGUUGUCACUUCAGCCGGUGCGAAGAAGAUCGAAGGUCUUCCAGUUAACUCAACCAUACCGUUAAUCUCUAGGCCUCCGAUCACAAUAAAGCACGGAGCGUGGCUUAUGUCCCUAAAACAGCCUUACAUCAUCUAUCCCAACGCGACCAGUGAACCGUACGUGUUCAGUGACCAAGAGAAGUUGGAAUAUAUGAAAACAGAGCGCGCUUUUGAAACUAUUCUCUCACAGUUGGAGAACCAACUAGCGGAAUAACGUAAUAUCUUCGGAUUUCGCGAGUUGUAGUGAUAAUUAAAAUGACUUUUACAGACGACGACAAACACGACAUUAAACUGUAAAAGCAGUCUUAAUUAUAUUAUAGGAAUAACGUGUUUUUGAUUGAAAUGAAAUCCGAAUGAAUCUUGUGGAAUGUU